CAGGAGUCGAAGGAGCAAUAUAUCCUGAAAACAGUCACCGUCGGCGAUGAUCUCUCACCGGUGGAGAAGGAAAGCGUCAUGGCGCUGCUGGUAGAGUUUCAAGAUAUUUUCGCCAUGGACAUGGCCGACAUCGAACCUUGCCCUCACACGAUCCAUACGCUCAACAUCGAUCCCACCUACCGCUUCAGCCACAAGGCGUUCGGACGCCCGUUGACCCAACCCGAGCUCGAAGCGGCCGGCACGCAAGUAGAGCAACUGCUGAAGGCGGGAAUCGUGGAGUCGACGAGACCGGAAGACGUCAAGUGCUGUUCGCCUACGGUAAUGGCAAUCAAG